AUGGAGGAAGCCGUGGCAGGGAGCAUCGCUCGCCAGAGACGCAGCGGCACUGGGAGGGGCGCCAGAAGGGAGGAUCACGCUCACCGCACAGGCGGCAGCAGUGGGGGGAAGGGCCCAGAGGAGAGUCGCGGUCGCCCGACCGGCGCCGUUGGCGAGAGGGAAGGCAGGAAGAAGCAGGCCGCUCGCCGCAUGGCAUACGGCAGCAGGGCAAGGGAAGGGAGGAGUGGCCGCCAACCCCAGCGAGACGUCAGCCGCGUGAAGCAGGCCCGAGGGAAUGGGAGCAGAGUCACUACUCGCCGGCACGGCGAUGGGAACGGGCAGGAAGGGAGGAGGGUCAGUGGGAACACUCGGGAGAGACGCGCGGAGAGCAGCUGGAGAGCAGGGCCAGGACUGGCACCUUUGCGCAGGGGGCUGAGCGUGCACGAAUGGCCAGAGAGGGCCUGGAACGAGCUGGGCAAAAGGGGGGGUAUGGGAGACCGCGGGGAGGGGAUCAACAAGGGCACGCUAGUGUACAUCACGGACAGCCUAGGGGUGCGGGACGUGUAUGCGACCAACGGGGAGGGCGCCAUUGCCACCAUUCAGCCCCUUGCUGUCCUGGUGAACAAGGGCGCAGCCAGCGCCGUGAGCGCCAGUGAGAUCCUGGCAGGGGCGCUCAAGGACAACAACCGGGCGCUUGUGUUCCGCACCUUCGGCAAGGGCAAGAUCCAGUCAGUGUUUGAGUUGUCGGAUGGAUCAGGGCUUGCAGUCACCAUCGCGCGCUACGAAACCCCCGAUCACACUGACAUUGACAAGGUGGGCAUCUUGCCAGACUACCCUCUCCCUGAUGCCGUCCCAAUGGACCCAGAUCAGUUCUGCCAGUGCCUUUGCCCUGGGAGUCCCUCCAACGCCCAAGUCAGCAACGGUUCUUCUAAUGGUGCAAUAACCAGCAAUGGUGCCGCCAGUGGUGCAGCUAUUUUUGAAUACCAGGAUGCAGCUGCUCCACCUUGCUCUCUGCCAUCUUCCCUUCUCUUUCCGCGGUCUCCGCUUGCUAAGUGA